AAGAAGUAGGCCUGCUUAAAUGUUUAAUUAAUAGUCUAUGCUAUUAGACUAUGGCAAUUUCCAGUUAUCCACCCUAAAGGAAUGACAAAAAAACUAUAAAAUGUCACUAUGUAGACCAAUAGGCCUAGACUUACAAAUUCCAUUUUUGAAAGCGGGAAAGUGGAUUAGGUAAUAUGUGACGGGAUUGCGCUCCAUUGUCCAGAGGAGGAGGAGGAGGAGGAGGGGGGGUAGGAUUGCACAAUAGUGGCCAAAGUGUGUAUAAAUACCAGUGCACCGCAGUCUCACCACAUGACAGAGAAGUCCCUCAUCCGCUGACACCAAAAGAACAAUCAAUCAACUUUGGACUCGUUUUAGUGCAUUGAAAAUUGUGCGCUGGAGAGCGUUGCUUUUUGGGAAAAUUGAAGAGUUCUGAUCUUCUUCAUAAACUGUCACUUCAAUUUCAACUGAUUUCAACCAGACUUUUAAAUAGGCUAUAAACUUCCUAACAAAACCGAGAAUGAAGGCCUUCAGUGUUGCAGUUGCAGUGGUACUCGUCCUUGCAUGUAUGUUCAUCCUUGAAAGCACCGCUGUUCCUUUCUCCGAGGUGCUAACGGAGGAGGUUGGAAGCAUUGACAGUCCAGUUGGGGAACAUCAACAGCCGGGCGGCGAGUCCAUGCGUCUGCCGGAGCAUUUCAGGUUCAAGCGUCAGAGCCACCUCUCCCUGUGCCGUUGGUGCUGCAACUGCUGUCACAACAAGGGCUGUGGCUUCUGCUGCAAAUUCUGAGAACCUGCCUGCAAUAAAACCAUCUUAUUAACUUAUUGCCUUUAAUUUCCCCCCUAUUCUUCUACAUUUCCUUUGGACUCUUUUGAGAAGAUGCAAUCUCAUUGAUGUCUUUCUCACUGCAACCUCAGUCUUGUACAUAAAUGUUUUGUAUCAUGUUGUAUAGCCUAGUGACACAGGAAAAAGACAGCUAAUUGAAAUAAUAAUUUCUAUUAUGUACAUUUAGUACAUUUUUUUGGUACAUUUUCUAGUUUGUACAUGUUGCAAUGUUUUCUUUCUGAGAUGUUGUUUUUGUAACUACGAUAAUGAUUUAUAAAAUCACUUCUUAUUGUGACACUUCAAAAAAAUAAAACACACAUUCUUUGAA